GGAACAACGACCCAACAGCGUUUGGGUAGAGGGACAGGUCAGACAAGAUGGCGCAGGUGAGUGUAGAGAUGUUGCCGGGGUUCGUCUUGGUUGCUUUUCUCGCGCUGGGGAAGGUUGCAGGAAUAGAUAACUGCAACACUCAAAGUGCGCUGUGUUCAUUCAGCCAAGGACGACUCUCAGGUGUCAUGGUCUUCUUCGAGACGCAGGGGUUUGGCUGCGGUAGCUUCGGAAACGACGAGAGUUUAGUGGUUGGGAUCGAUCUUGAAGGAUUCGACACCCAGGAUGCGUUCACAUCCCAUAGUUUCCGGGUCAAGACAUACAUGGGCUUCGGUCCAAACUGCACAGGAAUGGGUUCUGACUUUGGACAAGGAUUAAGAGGCGCUGACCUGGGUGCUUACCCGGAGAACAAGGAUGGAACUCUCCGGGUGGCAAGUGUCAAGAUUCCGGGUGGACCCACACUGAUUGGACAAAGGUCCAUCGCAGGCCACUCUGUAGUGGUGUUAAAAGGUACGAAUGUAACCUCCCAGAAAACUCCACCGGAAGUACUGGGCUGCUGCGUUGUGGGCUUUGCUGACCUCGAUAAGCUGAGCCAGGGAGACAGCAGUCCUUCAACCUCGUUUACUCCCAGCACCUCUGAUCAGCAGCCUUCCAAUCUCAAGGACCAGGGCUCCAGUGGGCCCCGCCAAUCCUACCCUCCCAACACCUUCCGGUCCUCAUCCGACCCUAACUCCAAUCUGCCCAUUGACCUGUCCUCAAAGACGUCCCGCAUCGACUCCAUCCUUCCUUCCAGCAUUCAGAGCAACUUCAAGGCCCCCGAAGCACCCCGAUUUCAAGACAUUUUCGGUCUGCAGGGAGGGGAAUCUCCUCUUGGCAAAUCCGGCUUUGGUAGCGCCUUUGGGCCCAGCCCCGACAGCAACAAGAACAAGUUCUCAGAUCUGUUUUUUAAAGACACGGACAUCCGCAACUUCAAAAAGGACGCGACCAUAACAGCGGAAGAGAAGAAAAGCCUAAAGGAAAAUGCGGCAGACGACACAAGUGACAAAGGUAAGGGCAGAAAGGGCUCCGGUAGGCGUCGCGGCGACGGCAGGUCCCAGUCUUCUCGAGCGGCAAACGGCGACAACCCGGACAACGGCAACUACUUGUCCUCCAGACCUUCUCGCUUUGGCAACAGGUCUGGCAAGUCCGGUGGGCAAGCGGCCGACAGUGGUUCUUCAGACCAGAGCGGAGCUGCUGACCCGCCCCCUGCAGGCCAGCCACAGGCUCCCUCCGCACCUGGCGGAUCUGGAACCAACCCACCUGUAGGCAACAAUCCAGGUACCCCAAACGAGGGCGCCAGCGGAGGAAGCGGAGUCAACCCAGCACCUCCUGUCUCUGGAUGAAAUGAACAAGAAGCCAGCCACUUGACAGUAGUGUAAACAACAUCAAAGUAGAAAAUUUCAGCAAGUUUUUAUCUCUGAGAUACAUGAUCUGACGACAGGUUUCUGGGCUUUGGUUCUGCUCUCUGGUAUCAAAGAAACUUUCUUGAUUGCUUCAUGUCUUGAUUUAAUUUCACCAAUGGCUUAGUUACAUCAUACCUCUACUUUAGGUUAUGACAGAGUUCAUCAGCGCAUUUGCUGGUCUGUACUAUCACCUGACUCUACAGACAGAUGACUGGGUUCUGUCUUCAGCAUAGGUUGAACCAUACUGUAACACUGUCGUGGCCAAACCUUGAAAUAAAGAAUGAGUAAUAAUAAACAGUUUAAUAAU